AUGCUCGCAGCACAUCGAGAUCAAGAAAACCUGGUGCAUGCGCACCAGGUGCCAGCAAAACAACAACCCAAGACGCCAGGGCCGAGGUAUCCGAAAACUCCUUUAGGCCGAUUUGCCAGAAACGAUGAGAACGCGCCAGCUCCUCUAACGGGCAAAAAUGCACUCGGCGGGACUGUCAAGAAUUCGGCGAAUGGCAGGCUCACGACGAAGCCGGCUGGACAGAAGCACGCUUUAGCCACUCCAUUAGGGAAUCAGUCCAGAGCUCCUCUUGGCAAUAAGACCACGAAUGCGAAAGCACGGCCGAGCCAGUCCGUGGCCGCCAAAGAAAAAGGCCAGGCUUCUCAGAUCAAGCCUGGCAGUCAACGUCCUCAAUUACGCCAAGCGGAGACAUUUGCUCCCAAGUUCGAAGUUCAGCCCGAUAAGAGAGAUGUAAACGCAGAUGAGGAGCCGGAAUAUGCCCCUCCCGCCCCGACUCCCUUGCCCUACCAAUCAGACGUGCUUCCCGAAGGAGGUCUGACAUUUCGAGGCCUUAAAAAGGAGUAUCUUCUAAAGGGCUAUUACGAGAACUUUUACAACCCCAUUGAUGAUGAUGGCAUUUCACGUCUUGACAAAGCGUUUGAUGAUGAGAUGAAAUCAGCGCUGGACAAGGCUGUUGAACAGAAUGAUCGUGAAUUCGAGGCUCUCGAUUGGGGCGUACCUGAUGCGCAGGAAUUCAAAUCUACAGUUCCCGCAAACACGGCGCCCAGAAACCCUGGCUGCAGAGCUGAAUCCCGAGGAGGGAAGGUGCCUGCCCCUAAUGAUAGGAAGAUGCACACAAUUAGCUCUCGCAGGGCAGCCUCAGCGUUGGCGAUUCACUCGGAUAGAACCGAGAGUGCUCUGUCAUCACGAGGUCCGUUUUCAAAAAAGCUGUCAGCUCAGUCCAGACUGGUCAAGCCAUUCGCGGCAGGGUCCUCGGGUACGACAACAGGAGAAGCAGCCUCGCGUACUACCAUCGGUUACAACAAGGGCAGAACUGCAUCCUCAAUGAUGCGCCCCCACCAUCAAGCCAGCAAGAGCCUUACCAGGCUACCAGCUCGUCAAGCUGCGGACAACGGUUGGGAUCUCACAAUCACGCCUGCUCGUGCGCGUCUAGGCGCUCGCGAACAGAGCCCGCUGAAGAGCACCGAACGUCCACAGUUCACUUCCAUUUUCUAUGACGACGAGGAUGAUGCGGAACCGGUGACUCUCAACGGCCCAUUGAUUGACUCUGAUGAUGAGACAUUUGAGCUGAAGCUUGAUGUCUGA